GCUAGAUUGCACUCCUUGGUGUUUCCAAUGGAAUGCAAUUUGGUUGGUAUUUCUUGACCAGAUUUGAUUGUGAGGUGGCUGAUUGCGGUGUGAGUGAUCGAUGAUGAGAGAGUGAAAGAACAGCAAAGGAAAAAGCACAGCAAUGGCGGAUCCAGUAAAGAAUAAAAUGUUGAAAGAAGAAAUCACUACCUACGCUUACCUUAUCCUCUACAUCGCUCUCUCGAGCGGUCAAAUCUUCUUCAACAAGUGGGUUUUGUCAUCUAAGGAAAUUAACUUUCCUUACCCCCUUGGAUUGACUCUGCUUCACAUGGCCUUCUCCUCUGUACUAUGUUUUUUACUCACUAAAGUCUUUAAGAUUAUGAAAGUUGAGGAGGGAAUGACCAUGGAAAUAUACACGACAUCUGUUAUCCCAAUUGGUGCCAUGUUUGCAAUGACUCUUUGGCUGGGAAACACUGCCUACCUUUAUAUAUCUGUCGCAUUUGCACAAAUGCUGAAGGCAAUUAUGCCGGUGGCUGUUUUCAUACUUGGAGUAGCAGCAGGGCUGGAGGUAAUGAGCUGCAGAAUGCUUUUGAUAAUGUCAGUGAUAAGUUUUGGUGUUCUAGUUGCUUCUUAUGGAGAAAUAAAUAUUAGCUGGAUUGGAGUUGUUUACCAAAUGGGUGGUGUUGUUGGAGAAGCUUUAAGACUUAUAUUCAUGGAGAUCUUGGUCAAGCGAAAGGGUCUUAAAUUAAACCCCAUAUCUCUCAUGUAUUAUGUUAGCCCUUGCAGUGCUCUUUGUCUGUUUAUUCCUUGGAUCUUCCUGGAGAAACCAAAGAUGGAAGCCCAUGGGACAUGGAACUUUCAGCCUGUUGUGCUAACACUCAACUCUCUCUGCACAUUUGCACUCAACUUAUCAGUUUUCCUAGUGAUCUCACACACUAGUGCUCUAACCAUUCGUGUUGCUGGAGUUGUCAAGGAUUGGGUGGUUGUUUUAGUAUCUGCACUUCUUUUCGCAGAUACAAAGUUGACAGUCAUAAAUUUAUUUGGUUAUGGAAUUGCCAUUGCUGGGGUGGCUGCAUAUAAUAAUUACAAGUUGAAGAGAGAAGCUUCUCGCCGUAUCUCUGAUGAGUCCCAAGAUGCCCAGGCCAUACCGAUGUCUGCAUCAUCAACUCCAAAUAGAUAGUGAUGUGUACAAGACUAAUCUGCCAAGAUGAUCUUGAAGUAUGUAAUUGCAUUCGACAGAGCUAUUCGGAGCUGCCAGUUAAUCUCGUUGGUCUUCUCUUUAUUUCGGGCUGUUCAUUAACACAGUGCAGGAAAACGUCAUGUCCAGACCUUUUGAUGACAGAUUUGCUGUAGCCUUAACUUGUGCUAUUGAUUCUGCAGCAGAAUAUUGGGGGUAAUUUUUUUGUGCCGCUAUCAAGCUGCACCCAUUGUUAAAUCGGAGAAAGUGACCUGUUGAGAUCUAAGGUAAAGAAGAAAAACUGUAAAGAAAUUCUCGAACUCUUUAAGGUAUAGUGAUAUAAUUAUUUUUUUUUUGCUUUUGCUAUGUCUUAAAUGUUAUACAAGUUGACAGUUGAAAUGCACAAGGCUUUCUUGUUACAGAUUCUGCAGGGUUAAACUCUCAGCUUAUUUUGGGAUAUGUUUUCAGUCGGGAACUUUAAGUUCUUGAAUCCUUAUCAGCAAAUUUUUCUGGCAGGCCUGGUAGGAAUUGUAGAUCUUUGGGAUGCAGCGAAUUUGCAUGUAAUGGACAUCUUAGGUUAAACGUAUGACCAUUUGACCCAUUGAUUAUUCAAAGAGUUAGAUUCGAUUU